CUGUAGUUUGACCAACAAUAACUACAUAUUAUGCAAUAUAACCACCUCCAUUUCAUUUACAACACGAGUUUUUUUUUUUUUAUAUGUGUUAACACCAGUCACAUGUCUGCAUUGUAAUCAUCCAGCCAAGACAUAUGUCGUAUCGAGUAUAGUAGCAAGUAUCCCAACUUCCUAAGCAGUACAAUGAGAGAUUCGUGUACAAUUUGUUAAUGCUGCUUAAUGUGCAUCAUUCAAUCUAAGAUCAAUAUUUAAGAGAAUUAAUUGAUAGUAUCCUCACACAAUCCAAUGAAGAGAAGAACAAACAAUUCAUUGCCUGCCAAAUACAGCAGGCAAAGCAGAGCCAUGAAAAAAGACACAACAGAACCGGACACCUCAACCGGCUGCCAAGCAGCCCCACAAAUCCGCCACUUCACCAUGGCACAGCACAGUCGCAACCUACUGAACUUCUUGAACGAGGAUCGGACGCGGCAGAGGUUCUGCGACGUUUCUGUGUCGGUAGGUGGGAAGUUGUACGGCGCCCAUAAAGUGGUAUUGGCCCAUGGGAGCAGUUACUUCCACGCUGAGUUGUCCAAGAACCCCGCCAUGACCCACGUGACUCUAGAUCAUGUCGAGGAAUCGGUUUUCCAGCACUUGCUCGGCUUGCUGUACACAUCAGAGUGUGUUAUUGCCCAGACUGAGCUGGAGGCUGUGACUGAAGCGGCCCGCUUCCUAGACAUGAUGGAUGUGUUGAAGCUGCUUUGUGAGGAAGGGUCAAACAACAACCUUGUAAGUGGGGAUGAGACUGAAUUACUUAUAAUAACCACUCGAGGCUCAUAUGAUCAGGAGUUUUCCACAGAAAACGCAAGACAGGAUCAAAGUCCAAGCGCAGUUCCGGCGCAAACUCCUGGCGAUAAGGCAGCUACCACGCGGAGAUCCGCUCGAAGGAGGAAACCUCCGACCAAGUUUAAGAAAGAUGAUUUGGAGUGCGUGGACAACACGGACAAAACGCAAAUAACUCACUCAAGGGAGGAGAUUGAGGAAAGACCAGAUAAAGCUGAAGUCUCUGGAAACAAGCUGGUCAUGGAUGAAACCAUACCAUCACAGGCGGAAGAUGUUCUGGGUGAGGAGGAUGAAGGUGGCCCGAUUGAGGAUGGUGGAAAAGCACCAGCCACAGGUCCUGUUUACCCUGAAGGUCUGGCACCUGUCAUCAUCCACAUUUCCAGAAAGAAGAUUCUCAAGUGCCCCAAAUGUGACAAGACCUUCGAUCGAGCAGGGAAGUACGAGAGUCACACCAGAGUGCACACAAAAGAGAAACCCUUCCAGUGUGAAGUCUGUCUGCAGCGCUACUCCACCAAGUCCAACUUGACGGUCCAUAGGAAAAAGCACACCGGCAACGCUCCCUUCCAGAUGAAAGAGCACAAGUGUCCCUUCUGUAAUAAACUUCACGCAAGUACAAAAACCCUGGCCAAGCAUGUCAGGAGGUUCCACCCAGAACACCUCCAAGAGUUUCUCAGUAAGAGGAAGAAGAAGAAGAAGAGUGAAGGCUGGAAAUGUCCUAUUUGCCCAAAGUCUUUCACCCGCAGGCCUCACUUGCAGGAGCAUAUGAUCCUGCACACUCAAGACCGGCCGUUCAAAUGUGCUUUUUGCGAUGAAUACUUCAGGUCCAGGUUUGCUCGGCUCAAGCACCAAGAAAAGUACCACCUUGGACCUUUUCCUUGUGAAAUCUGCGGCCGAAAUUUCAACGACAGCGGCAACAGGAGGAAGCACAUCGAAUGCACACAUGGAGGCAAAAGAAAGUGGACGUGCUUUGUCUGUGGCAAAUCAGUGAGGGAAAGAACCACGUUGCGCGAGCACAUGCGGAUCCACAGUGGCGAGAAGCCUCACCUAUGUGGUCUCUGUGGGCAAAGUUUUCGCCAUAAGAGCUCAUACAGGCUCCACAUGAGAAUGCACCGCAAUGACAGGCGCUACGAGUGCCAUGAAUGUGGGAAGACCUUCUUACGCCAUGAUCACCUGACCAAACAUCAGCAAACCCACUCUGGUGAAAAAGCACAUCAGUGUGAAGAAUGCGGGAAGUGUUUCAGACGCCAGGAUCACUUAGCUGUCCACUACAGAACUGUUCAUUUGGGAGAGAAAGUGUGGCAGAAGUAUAAAACAGCCACACAUCAAUGUGAGGUCUGCAAGAAAGAAUUUAAGGGAAAGUCCAGUCUGGAAAUGCACUUCAGGACCCACUCAGGUGAGAAACCCUUCAGUUGUCCGGAGUGCCACCAGACGUUUCGCAUCAAGAAGACCUUGACGAAGCACAUGGUGAUCCACUCGGACGUCCGCCCUUUCAACUGCCAACAGUGCAAUGCUACCUUCAAGAGAAAAGACAAGCUCAAAUAUCACGUGGACCACGUGCACAGCACCCGCUUUCUCGACCAACCCUUCGGAACCAUAAGCCAGGACAAGAUAGGCCCGGAUGCUUUUAGACCAGAACCAAAGUCGACACCAACAAACGUCUGUAUGACUGGUGCUUUAAACCCUGUCCAGAUGGCUGCUGGACCCGGGCAAAACCAACUGGACGCUCAUGUGAGCAUGCGGACUGAAGAACAGCAGUCCAGUUCUGGUUACCAGAGCUCAGAGCUGGCCUUUUUAGAGAAGUACACACUUGCCCCCCAGUCGGCAGACAUUAUUCCCUCUGUGAGACCUGAUCAGAUGCUAGACACCCGAGAGCAGGCUUAUCUGGGAACACUACUCAAUUUAGAUUCUACUUCCUCCGUGGAGAACAUAUCAAACUCUGACCAAAGUCACCGGUGAAACAUUGCAAAGCUAAAGAGAAACAGAAGUAUCUUUACAUGUGAUCACUCAUAAUUCCAGCACGACCUUGACUUCAAGGUCCCGUGACAUUAAAAUGUUUUUUUUUCCAUUUUUUUACCGUUUUAUGCAUAAUGUAGCUCAACAUUUGACGCGACGUGAGUGGGGCGAGUACGCGAAUAUUCCGCUCCUUCGUCUAUUCACUUGGCCUGAGAAGAUUUGAACUGCGAGCCCCAAAUUGCGUCUUUACAGUCAAUUUGUGUCAAGUGUGGUAAGCACAGGGCCACCGUGAGGAACUGGACUUGCCGCUGGCCGCCCAAAACACUUUGUAGGGUGCCCCUCGGUGUUGGCCAGGCUGGAUUUCAAAGGGGAAGAAGAGGAAAACGAUCAUCCAUAAGAUACAAAAUAUUUUGUCUCUCAAUCUGAUAUUUUCAUAUGUUGAGAUAGGCAUAAGUAAAAAAAAAGUCCACAUAAAUUUUGGAUACAAACGAUCCGUUUUCUGACAUUUCGGUGUGAGUGCCCAUAUAUGGAAAACUGUUUAUAAUGUCCACCCGUGCAUCCAUCUUCUAUUGCUUGUCACGAACCAACGGUGCAUGGGCGGACCCAAAUGCAGUACUCCAAGACGAAGACAUGAUGUUCAGUGGGUUUUAUUAUAAACGAAAGUUGUGCACGACAACAUAGUCUAAGAAGGCAGAAUCCAAAACACAAGAAACAAUGUCCGAUAACUAUGAGCAUAACCAAAAGCGUGACUGGGCUAUAAUGGCGCAGUGGUGGAGUAACCCUGGAUGCGGGAAAGCAUACUCAACAAAUUGGCAAAAACCAGUGACAAAACUCCAACUUAAACACGUUGUCUAAUCACAGUGCCUCAUGUGACACAGCCGUGACCGGCGACGCGUGUCAGAGAUGAAACAUCUCAGAGCGGUGGGCAGGCCACGCCCCUCUUGGCCGUGGUCCUGCCUUGCUCUUGACAUUGCUUAUCCGAAGUCAGGUUGCAGUGGGGACACCCAGACUUCCCUUUCUCCAGCCACUUCAUCCGUAAUAUUUGAGAGUUGGUUAUGAUAUUUGCAGAGGUUGAAGUAGGAUAAGUAGAGAUGUCAACGUAAAUCAAAAGGGGGGAGGAAGUGAAUUGUUGUGACGGCAGUGGCCAUUCAUGGCACAUUUGGGAUGUGAGCGUGCUGAAUGGUACCAAGAUGGGAGCAGCAUUUAAUGUGGCACAAAAGAAGUGAAUGCACGUGCACUGUUGAUGCAUACUCCCAUGAUCAAACUCAGGCAAGGGACACAAGCUGAAACAAACCUUUGCGUACAGUGUUGCCUUAGCAACAGAUCCCACGUCAGAAGAUCCAAAGUCGACAUCACAAUCUGUCUCUCUUGUCUGUCCGACCUGGGUCUGGAUCUUUUUCUCAUCCUCUCCACUUUGAUGUUGGGAUAUAUUAAAGAUGUCUGAGGGCCACCUCAGCAGCAGUCUUGGCCUUCAUAGUCUUGAUGAUGAGGACUUUGGUAUGUUGUGAGGGGUCAUGUUGCACUUCACAUGAAGGGUCUGGUGUGUGUGGAUACUUUUUAUACACUCAUGGGAAAGUGCCAAUUGCAGUACUGGACACAAAUGAAGCUUUUAACUUGUGAGUGGUUGCAUCAUUUUGUACAUGAUGAGACUUGUUGUCCAGGUUAAAACAGACAUUAUGUGCUAGACCAACCUGUAAACAUCGGCUCACGUUUUGAUUAUUUCAUAUUACACCUAGUCAUUAACGUAAAAGCACUUUAUAUCUAAAUGAAUGAACCAUUUGCUACACUUGUAUUCUUUAAAAAAGUUUAAAUGCCAUUUAAAAUUACCGUCUUUAUGCAACAAGACUUCUGUCAAUGAUUAUAGUGAGCCAAAAUUUGAUUAGGUUAACAACUUGGUCACAGAGCAAAUGAAUGAAAUUGCAUAUAAAUUCUCAUUAAUUCAAUUCUUCCAAUUCUUACAUUGUAUCUCUUGCUUGAAUUUAGCCCAAGCCUAGCAAGAGUCAUGCACUUUUAUUGUCACUUGUUGUGAACAGUGAAUCUGAAAAAAACUUCCUGUUGAAUUAAUAAACAUGUGGUAAA